AUGAAUAAAAAUCCACUUAUAUAUUUAAAUAAUUCGCCUGCAGCGACAACCCUUGAAAAUAUCAACAAUAUUAUACAAAGUGAGUUUGUUUCUCGGGCAGAAGACGCAAUCGACAAAAAAAAUGAGAUUUACUCGUGGAAUCAAAAAAACACCUAUGAGAAUGAGUUAAAUGGUAUUAAUGAGUCACAAAUGAAUGAACAUCAUAAUGACAGUGAUAAUAACAAUAAUUCAAAAGCUGAACAACAAAUAAGCAAAAAUGUCAUCACUAAAUAUAACGAUGAUGGUACUGUAAGCACAUACUUUGAUAAAAGGAAAAUUAGAAUAGCUCCAAGAUCAACUCUCCAAUUUAAAGUAGGGCCACCUUUUACACCAUCUGAAAUUUUAAAUAAAGUUUAUUUAAACGACACUGAGAAAUGUAUAACCCUGGAAUUAAUGCCAAGAAUUGAUAGAGGUUUUGAUUUUAUAGAUAAAGAAUGGAUUGGUUACAAGAGAAACUAUUUCACUUUGGUCAGUUGUUUUAAAUUCCUAGAAAUUGAUGAAAAUCAAUUAUUUUUUAAUAAUUUUACAUUUAAUUUAAACGAUAACAAUAAUCGGCAUCAAAUAAAAUAUUUUGCCAUACGUUUAAUAGCAAGGUGUUAUGAAGAUAACUCUUUUAUGACACUUGUUCAACAUACAGCUAAAAGGGAUAAAGGACCGCAGAUAAACCCACAAAUACACCCACUAAUACCUUCAGAAUUACCAAAUCACCAAACCAUUAGAGAAGCUUCCAAUGUUAGAAACAAGAUUAAAAAAAAAAAAUACGACUCCACUUUUUAUCUUCAUCGAGAUCAACUUGCUGCGAAAAAACUUAAAGGUAUUCUUUCAACAUAUCCAGAUGACGAAAUUAAAAAAGUCGUUAGAUAUGAGAGGGUCCAAUUUGCUUCUUCCAUCGCUAUCAAAAAGCCAUCACAAUCAAAUAUGCAUUUUAAGCUCAUAGUGGUCUUGGGUGGUGUAGUGGAUGGUAACGUUAUGAGCCAACUGGACAAAACUGGUAAUGAGUGUUAUGAUGAGGAAAACAACACAACUUUUGUUCCGAUAUGUGUAAGAGAAACACCAUCGUUAAUUAUAAGAGGUAGAUCGCCAUCUAAUUAUGCAUCUUAUAGACAAGAAAAUAAAAAUUCUACGGAAAAGAAGCCCGUGAGGGUAAAAGAGCAACAUGUUAAUAAAAAGGAACAGAAACUUAAAAAAAAUAAUAGUAAUAUUGGUGGAAAUUAUCAGGUUGAGAACUUAGUAAAGCCAUUAUUGGAAAAGAAAGAUAAAAUUAUUGCUAAAAAAGUUGAAAAUAUUGAUAUUAAUAUGAAUGCCAACAAUCUCACUACUAAUGAUGCUAAAUAUGUCAAAAGUGAUGAGAUUAAUAAAAAGUCCAAAAAUAAAAAGUCAUGUUCUUUCGACAAAAACAAAAAAUCUUUGCCUACCAAAAUUACUAAUUUUGAUCUAUCCGAUCCUCUGAACUAUAUGGAUGAACACCUUAUAAUUAAUAUGGAAAACAAUCAAUAUUUGGAUCCAGAGUUAUUCUAUAGGGUAUCCAAAAGAAACUCGAGGGUUAUAACCAAAGAUAACAAUGAAAAGAAAUCUAAAAUUUCAACUGACAAAAAAUUCAAUAUCAUACAAAAUAUGAUGGAAAAAAAAUUAAUGGAACUAAAUUGCUUGGGAGAAAGUAACAAAGAUGGGAUAGAAAGUGAUGUUGAUAUUGCAGAUUUACAAAUAUAUUUAGGUAAUACUUGUAAAAAAGAUAGUACCGGAGAUGUUUCCUUAAAUCCAAAUGAUGUUUUCCAAAAAGAAUACAUCCUGGAGGUAACUCGUGAUAGUAGUAACAAUUUCAUAAACGGAAUUACAUGUACAAAUAAUAUACAAAGGUCAUUCAGUUAUCCAUUAUCAAUAAAUCUGGUUAAUCCAAAAUAUUGUGUCGAUGAAAAUACCCAAAUUUUUUUUGACAGCGUCUCUAAAACAGAAACCUCCAAACUAAAAGUCAAGAAAAAACGCGGAAGAAAACCAAAGAACUGUCAUGAGAAGGUAGCAGAAAAUCAAGCUUCACUGUUGUUAACCAUUAAUAGCGAUUUUAGCUCCGAUGAUCAGAAACUUGCAGAACUAUUGUUGAAAGAAACACAAGAAUUGAUCCAAUAUUCCACAAACAAUGAAAAAGAAGAUUAUUUUUCCAUCAUUGCGGAAUCACCUAUAAAUUAUGGUUCAUCAGCAUCAUCAUUAUCACCAAAGUUGAGGAAAAGCGAUGAAGAUAUCUAUCUGGAUAUAGAGUGCCAAUAUCAUUUCAAGGAAUCAUAUUAUGAGCAUUAUCAAGAGCAUCAAAAUUAUGGUGAAUGUAGCAUACCGAGAUCUGCAAAUUUGUCGGUCUUGUCCACAGUGUCAGCAUCUAUCGCAUCAAUAAAUCUCUCUAGGCCUGGAAGUUCAUUGUUAUCAAACAACAAAGAGGUUUUUUUUUCGAAAAAGAAAACAUUAACAAUGAAUGAUGAAGUGCUUAAUAAAAAGCCAUCGGAUCUUUUGUUUGAUGAGUCGAUAGGAGAAAUUAGUUUCUUCAACACACAAUAA